AUGGAGACAGAGACCUACAAGAGAGCACGGGAAAUUCUGGAGAAGUUUGAUCCAGCCAGACUGCAUCAUUUGGAGGGGACCCCAGAAGCUGCAGCUGACAGUAUAUUCAGCCCAACAAAGUCUGCACCUCCAUAUCUUGGGACAGACAACAUCAUGAUCCACAAGAGAACAUUCCAGACAGCUGGAUCAUUUCCUGUUAACACACAAGCUUCAUCUGCUGCCCUCCAGGAACAGAAUGGGGCACCUCAUCUGGGGGACUCACAGUCUUCACCAGGGUACCCAGCACAGGCUGAGGCAGCUUCACAUUUUGCACAGCCUCCUCGACCACCGAUGCCUCGGUCAGUGCUGCCCAGGGAGAGAGGUGUGAUGGACAAACUGAUGGACUAUCUGGUCGGCGAUGGACCAGAGAACAGAUACGCCCUCAUUUGUCAGCAGUGCUACUCUCACAACGGCAUGGCUCUGAAGGAGGAGUUUGAAUAUUUCAGUUUCCGUUGUUGCUAUUGUUACUGCAUCAACCCGGCCAGGAAGCAGCGGCCCAUGGCUCCAAGACUUCAGUUCUUUGCCCCACCUGGCUUGAGACCGGCAGACGGUGCAGGUGAAACAGAUACAAGCGCAAGUGACCCAGACAGUGAUGAUGACCAUCAAGUUGAUGACCGGAAUGCUAGCCAUCAAAUCCCCUCACAGACUGGCAUAUCUGAGUGUGUUUCUGCAGUCAAGACCGUGGGGCCAGUUGAUUCUCUACCUUCGGGUAAUGCAGGUGAAAGUCUAGAUUCUCUGGCUUCAGGUAACACAGGAAAAAGUCUAGAUUCUCUGGCUACAGGUAACACAGGAGAAAGUCCAGAUCCUCUAGCUUCAAGUAACACAAGAGAAAGUCUAGAUGCUGAACUAGUUGACAUCAGGUUGAAGAGACCAAGUCUAGAUUGUGGAGCUAUGAAACGGAGAGAUGGAGAGUCCAAAAGUGCUAUAGAAGGAACACAUUCAGCUCAUAGUGUUGAAAUGGUUUCACUAGAGAACUCAGCCAGAACCCUGGAGACAGAACUUCAUGAUGAGGAGAAACAGCCUGGUGUUGAGCUGCAUCAGGCAACAAGAGGGAAGCUUCAACACAUGACUACACACCUAGACCAACAUUCAGACAAACAAGAACCUGAAAGCACAGAGAUCCAACAUUCAGACAAACAAGAACCUGAAACACCAGAGAUCCAACAUUCAGACAAACAAGAACCUGAAACACCAGAGAUCCAACAUUCAGACAAACAAGAACCUGAAACACCAAAGAUCCAACAUAUAGACAGACAAGAACCUGAAACACCAGAGAUCCAACAUUCAGACAGACAAGAACCUGAAACACCAGAGAUCCAACAUUCAGACAAACAAGAACCUGAAACACCAGAGAUCCAACAUUCAGACAAACAAGAACCUGAAACACCAGAGAUCCAACAUUCAGACAAACAAGAACCUGACAACUCAAAGUUCCAACAUUCAGACAAACAAGAACCUGGCACCUCAGAUAUCCAACAUUCAGACAAACAAGAACCUGAAACCCCAGAGAUCCACUAUUCAAACAAACAUGAACCUAUAUUGCCAGAGAUCCAACAUUCAAAUAAACAAGAACUUGAAACCACAGAGAUCCAACAUUCAGACAAACAAGAACCUGAAACACCAGAGAUCCAACAUUCAGACAAACAAGAACCUGAAACACCAAAGAUCCAACAUAUAGACAAACAAGAACCUGAAACACCAGAGAUCCAACAUUCAGACAAACAAGAACCUGAAACACCAGAGAUCCAACAUUCAGACAAACAAGAACCUAAAACACCAGAGAUCCAACAUUUAGACAAACAAGAACCUGAAACUCCAGAGAUCCAACAUUCAGACAAACAAGAACCUGAAACCCCAGAGAUCCAAGAUUCAGACAAACAAGAACCUGAAACACCAGAGAUCCAAGAUUCAGACAAACAAGAACCUGAAACACCAGAGAUCCAAGAUUCAGACAAACAAGAACCUGAAACACCAGAGAUCCAACAUUUAGACAAACAAGAACCUGAAACUCCAGAGAUCCAACAUUCAGACAAACAAUAA